CAAGUCCUCGGAGCAGGAACCGGCUAGUUAAAGUCAUAGACAGCCAUCCUGAAGAGAGGAGGGAGGAUUUAUCAGAACAAAGCGGAAUCAUCUGCACAUUUUGCUACACACACACUGGAAAACGGGAUUAUAUUUGACAUUCUUGUUUGCUAUUUUUGGACUGUUUCCUGCUUCUUGCACUACAGGAGCUCUCAUUGUGGUGGGAGUGAGGGUCCCCUCCUUUUGUGUUGCUCUGCAGUUGUUUAUUCACACCAACUUCUGCCCCCUGUUUCCCCAAAAUAGGAGGUUUCAUUUCUGUUUUUCUUGUUUCGGCCUAAACGGAAUGAAUGACAAAAACAAAGGAGGUUGAUGUCCAUAACUCUCCGACUCACCUCUUCUUCGCCUCGCCCAAGGAACGGAGACUCCAUCUCCGACAGAAGAUGGAAAGCGGAGGCGGGACGGAGGGCUCGGACAGCGGGCAGCAGCAGCACAACCCCCGGACUGAAAACGCGGAGCUCCCGGCGACGCUGCCCGCUCAGCCUCCCGGCGAGAAGAAGAAGAUAAACCGGGCUCCGUCCCCGGCCAGACCGAAGGAUGUACCCGGAUGGUCGCUCACGAAGAUCCGCGGAGGGAUUGGGACCCCUACCCUGAGCGUCAAACCGGGAGCCAUCCACCUGGGCAGCCGGAUUUCCAGGCGCAGCCCGGUGGGGAGUCUGGCCGGGAAGGACGGUAAAGCAGAGAGGAGCGGUGGAGGCAAACCGGCGGGCAAGUCCUUCUCCACCGGAGGGUUGUCCAAGACCUCGGCGGCCAAAGCGGGCAAAAGCACCGGAGGGCGGAGGAAGGUGUCGGACGCCAGCAUCGGAUCCGACGAUUUAUCCAAGGACUCAGGCUGCGCCACAGGGAAGCUCUCCCCGACCGACAGCAGCUCCGAGCUAUCGGACUGCGCCUCUGAGGAAAACAAGCUCUCCACGGACGCCGUGAGCAGCGACGCCGAAUCGAGGAGCAGCCGGGGCGGCGGGCCGGACGGAGACAAGCCGCCCAGGGAUGGCGCAUUGGCGGACAGAGCUAGCCAACAAGCUGCCGCCAAGACCAGCUGCUCCUCCGCAGAGAGGGACUAUAAGGACCGGCUCUCCCUGGCCGUGGAGACCGGGGAAGGGAGCAUAUCCCCCGGCGAUGAGCGCUCGGUCACCUCGUUUGACAGCAGGGUGCCUGCCAGCACAUCCCUGGCUUUCUCAGACCUCACAGAGGAGUUUAUGGACGGCAUGCAUGAGGAGUUUGUCCGGGAAAUAGAAGAGCUGAGAUCCGAGAAUGAUUACCUCAAAGAUGAGAUGGAGGAGCUGAGGUCUGAGAUGCUGGAGAUGAGGGACAUGUACAUGGAGGAAGAUGUCUACCAGCUGCAGGAACUACGGCAACAGCUGGACCAGGCAAAUAAGACCUGCCGCAUCCUGCAGUACCGGCUGAGGAAGGCAGAGCGGCGCUCUCUCCGUGUGGCCCAAACAGGGCAGGUGGAUGGAGAACUGAUACGAACUCUGGAGCAAGAUGUCAAAGUGGCGAAGGACGUGUCCAUCCGUCUCCACAGCCAGCUGGACAGCGUGGAAAAGAAGAGGAGUCGUCUGGAGCAGGAGAAUGAGGAACUGAGGGUUCGACUGCAAGACCUGGAGGUCGCCAAACAGGUCCUGCAGCAGGAGAUUGACAAGAACUCCCAGAAGAAAAGAGGAGCACGACCCAACAACAAACCUGACAAGAAGCUUGGUCCACAGGAGGACAGUUCAGACCUGAAGUGUCAGCUCCACUUUGCCAAAGAGGAAUCAGCCCUGAUGUGCAAGAAGCUGACCAAGCUGGUGAAGGACAGUGAGGCCAUGAAGGAGGAGCUGGCCAAGUACAGGUCGCUGUACGGAGACGUCAACGCCUCGCUAACCGUGGAGGAGGUUGCUGACUCCCCCCACACCCGUGAGGCGGAGAUCAGAGUCCACCUGAAGCUGGUGGAGGAGGAGGCCAACCUGCUGAGUCGACGCAUCGUGGAGCUGGAGGUGGAGAACAGGGGGCUCCGAGCUGAGAUGGACGACAUGAAGGGACCCCAAGAUGGUCUUCAAGAAAUUACUGGGGUUGGUGGUGGUCUCGGGGCAGGUCUUAGUCUAGGAGGAGGGGCCAUGGUACUCGGGGGAGGGGCUUCAUCUGAAAACGUCAUGGAGCUCCAGAGACACCUCCAGUUUGUGGAGGAGGAGGCGGAGCUACUGAGGAGAUCUCUUAUCGAGAUGGAGGAACAGAACAAACUCCUGAUGAAUGAGAUUAACCGCUAUAAAUCUGAACUCCCACCGCCAACGUCCACGAUGUCGUCCAACUCACUAACGUCGCUGACGGACGUGCUGCUCAACGACAGCCCGGUGCACUCCAUACAGGAAGGGGCAGUGCUUAUCAGCACAGACGCCCCGGCCCAGGAGGAGGAGAUCAGAUUGGCGAGGCUUCAGAUUGGAGAACUGAGCGGGAAGGUAAAGAAGCUGCAGUACGAGAACCGAGUGCUUCUGUCCAACCUGCAGCGCUGUGAUCUGGCCUCCUACCAUGCUCCUUCCUCCUCCUCCUCUUCCUCCUCACUACGACUGGCUUUGGAGACUGACGCAGAGGCCGGAGACUCAGCUGAGUGCCUCCCCACCAGCCCGCCCCACCGCAAAGAGCCAGUAGGGGGUGAGAAUGACGCCCUGGAGAUCAAGGAACGGAAAAAGAAGAUCGAGGACAACGCUGACGCAACAACCUCGCUCCCUGGGUGCCUGGGGCAGAAGGACCAUGAUGCCUUGCUGGCCAUGAGGGACCAGGCUCGCUUGGUUUCCACGGCGAUACAGCUCCUGACCUCCCCCGAGUCUAACUGCCUCUCCUCCUCCCCAUCCAUAUAUCACAAGGUCUGCAGCAACGACGCAGCAGAGCCGUGUGACCUGGAGAAACCUCAGCCUCACAGCCAGAUUUCAGAGCUGUCUGACCUGUCAGACCGGCCUCUGGUUGGUGCUCUGACCAGCAGGCUGCAGGCCCUACACACCCAGCUACAGGCCUUUGUGGAGCAGGUAGACAACCUGGGUAAGCCCCCAGCAGGUGGGAGGGACCCGCAGGUGGAAGGAGCGUCUCCUCUGGCCUCACCGUGCGCCUCCCUGCCCUGCUCUGGAGACGGCCAGGAUGGACUGAACACUGCUGAGGAGAAGCAGCCUGAUUAUAGGGACAAAUCAGAACCGGAGGUGAAAGGUCAAACUGAGGAGAACAGCCAAUCAGACAUCAAUGAGACUCAAAAGCAGGAAAGCAGCCAGCUGGAACAGGGAGAGAAGGAGGCAGAUGAUGCACUGCCCGUCCGGUCCAGUGACCUCCAGGCUCGGCUGUCCGAGGAGGAGUCGGCUCUUGGGCCUCAUGAGGAGCUGGAGAAUGAGAGGCUGGCUCGGAGAGAAACCACUCACAAACUCACACAGCUGCAGGAGGAGCACCAGAAGGCUCUGCUCCGUCGGGAUUUCCAGCUGCAGAGUUUGGGUCUCCAGGCUCGGCUUCAGCAGAAGCUGUGGAGCCAGGAGAGAACUCUGCUGGUCCAGGAGUCUCAGCACCUCAAACAGGCCCUGUUACUGCUCAGCCUCAAACUGCGCUGCUUCCUCAAACAGUGGAGGCUGGGCUGCAAGAAGGACACAGAGUGGAAAGACAUCUUGGAGAUGAACAGCCUUAAAGACCUCUACCUACUCUUGGAGGAGGACAACCUGACGAGCCCCGCCCACCAGACGGACAAGAGGGCCGCUGCAGACGAACAACCUCUCAGCCCAACUAUCAAGUCCAGCGCUGUGACCAGCACCUUGGCAGACCUGAAGGUGGCCCUGCAGGAUCUGAGCGGAGAGUUGCGACAGGAGAGACAAGGCUCCCAGGAACUCACCCAGCAGUUCGCAAAGGCCAAGGCAUCGUGGGAAGUAGAGAGGACCGAACUGAAGAGCCUCAUCACGCAGCUUGAGACCAAAGCAGGCAAAGCAGCCACAGCAGCUCUGUCCGCCACUGAGCUGGAACCUCCAGACCUGAAGGUGGCACUCAAGAGGGAGCGCGAAGAACACCAGCACCUCCUGGCCGAUUCCUAUGCAGCGGUAAUGGACCUGACCAAACAGAUUCAGAUCGGAGAGAGAAACUGGGGCAGAGAGAAGCUUGAGCUGCUGGAGAGGUUCAGCCAGGAGAGAGCUCAGUGGGAGCAGAGACUGAGAGAGGCCACUGCACAACAGGGGAAGUCAAAGUCAUUAGGUGGUGAGUCCUCUGCAGACACAGUCGUCGCUAAUGGAACUGUAUCACCGAGAACCAAAUCUACAUCGGAGCUGGACGGCCCAGAGGUUAACGGGACAGCCAAUCAGGAGGAGAAGAUCCAGUUUGCAGUCCAGUCCCUUUUGAUUCGCCCAGAACUGGGUGACCUUACCAGGAAGAAUUGGACCUACCUGACCAAUGAGACACCAGAGGUUGGGGACACCUGUAAAACAUGGGACGGCCCCACCGGCUCCUACAGCAGCUUAGUGGGAUCAGAGCUGGAUUUGGAGUCCGUCCAGAGGAGCUAUACUGCUCCAGACCGCACUGGCAUCCGGAUCUACUACAGUCCUCCUUCUGUACGACGUAUGGAGCACCGAAUACAGAACCAGGACGCCAGAGAGCCGCAGCAGGCCCAGAACGGGAGCUCUUCCCCUGGGCUGAGUGGCUCAAACGGGGGCGUGGCUGCGGUGGGAACCCUGGAGGUUGAGCAGCAACAGCCUCCAUCCUCCUUUUCUUCCUCAUAUGAGCAGUGGCUGUGCUCACUGUCCAAGCAGCACAGGGAACUGCUGGAGAGCAGAAGUGGCUGCAUCGCCGGUUCGAUCCCCAUUGUCGUCAACAACGGCGUCAGUGGCUCAGCUAACAGUUUGGUUGAUGGGAUGACGCCCUCGUCAGCUUUCCACGGCCUCGAGAUCGGGGAGAUUUCAGCCAAUUUAAGUGAUGACAUGAAGGAGAUGACUAACUGUGUCCGUCAGGCCAUACGCUCUUCCUCUCUGGAGAGGAAAUCCACCAAGGAACCAGGAAGUCAGGCGGUUGGUAUGUCCACCAGGUCCACGCAGACUGCUUCAUCAUACGUCAGCAUCGGGCUUCAAACCGACAACCUUCCAAACAGCAGAGGGACGGGGUUACACUCCAAAGCCUGGUCUCCUCGCCCCUCGCCAACGACCACCUCCUCGCUGGCAUCAGCUCGAACCGGCGAAAUAUCGACAUCACUGGAUAAAGUUCACAGUCGCAUCGAGAGGCCAUGCUGUUCGCCCAAGUACGGAUCACCGAAACUACAACGCAGAGUGUCAUCUGGCUCCACUUCCAGACUGGAUGGGACUUCCUCCUCCAGGGACCGGAGCCUGUGGAGCCUCCAGCAAAGAUCCAUCAGUGGUGGAGGAGGCUCAGCCUGGGCUCGCUCCACCACCACCAGGGACAGCCCCGUCCUGAACGGCCUCACAGACGGCCUAUCCAGCCUCUUCAGUGUGGUAGAACACUCUGGAAGCACAGAGUCGCUCUGGAGGGGUGACGGAGGAGCCAGCCAGGGUGCCAGUCCAGCACGGCAGCCUCAUGCUGCAGGGAAACCUUCCUGUACGGCAAUCUGUGGAUCUGACCCUGGCUCUCAGCGGUACGGAGGCCUGGUUCAGGAGUUCUUCAAGAAUGUCUGCACAAGCCGUGCCCAGGCAGGAGUCGCUCUGCCUGUGGAGAGAGCACAAGGUCUGGGUGUCUUGGGUGGCAUGGAUGAGCCCAAACCAGAAGGGGUUGGAGCGCUGGUUGGGUUGGGUGGAGGCAACGACAAUGUGACCAGAAUUGUCAAUAAGAGGUUUAUGAGACAGACAGCUGGGGAGGAGAUGGUCAGUAUCAUGGGAGGAGGGAAAGAAACGACGAGCAACGCAGGAGCUGCAGGAUCUGGGACCGAGGAUGCACCCUGUGACUGUGCUGCCCAGUCUUCCUGCCUUGCGCGACCAUCAAGGGCAGCAACUCGCCAUUCGCUCGGCCAGUGCAAGCACCGCCCACAAGAGUCUCUGGCAACCGAGGAGAAAGGGGACACCUGCAACGAGUGAUAAGACUUCUACUGCCACAUGCAACACACACACACACACACACACAAAGCAACACUGAUUCCUCACAAACACUGUACACCACUGCCAUAAAAACACACUUUCUCACACCUCUCACAUCACCAAAUGUACAUACACACCUACAACCUGCCACACAGGCGCACUGCCAAACAUAACACACACACACACACACACACACACACCGCUAGCACACUGCACAGACUGCCCCACAAACCCACUGCCACAUGCACACAUUCAUAAAAACACACACACACAACCCAGGCAAUAUUACACUUGUCUUGGACUGGAUCAUUCUAAUGCCAAGGACAGGGAGGACUGAAACUACAACCAAGCAACAGAUCUAACCAUCACAACUACCAGCAGGGCAUAAACAUAAACACACACAUGAUCUUACACACUUAACUAAAAACAACUACAAACUGAAGAGAAAUUAACAAGUAAAACUACGAUGUCAGGACUGGACCUACCAAACCCUCCCCCACCCUACUUUACAGAACAACAGGUACUACAUAUGGUCAGUUUUGAAGUGGAAAAUCCACCUUGAUGACACCAUGCUGUUGGACCGGCAGCCAUGUUGGAUUUACAGAUAAGCAAGGAGAAAGAAAGAACGUAUUCCCUGUCUGAAUAUGCAUUGAAAUAUGUUACUUUGGGAGCUACAGUGUAAAGCUGGAGAGGAGACACAUGUCACAGCUGGAAAGAUAUUCUAUUGUGUUGGCAACUCUGAGACCAUCUCAGAGGAUUAAUCUGUUGGAAAGCUCAGAUUUUUCUGAUACACAUGUGCUGGGAAAGCCUUUUUGAUGGAUGAGCACAGUAACGCCUGAGCAAGUGUCUCCAACAUGGUUAUAAAAAACUCAUCUUGAUGACACAUCUGCUUCGAUCGCAGACUAGUUUUCAGUGUUCUUCCUAUUGAAAUAGAUCACUAAAGGAAGAACAUAAGGACUACUGGACAACAUACCCCAGCAUGACCAGACUUGGACUCCACUGUUGAAUGACUUGUGAGCUCUAUAAAUGAGACCAUAAAACUGAUCUGAGUGGACCUCCUUGCAUUGUUGUUUAGUUGCAAACCUAAACAACAAAAAGCUCUCCAGGCUUAUUUAGAUGCAACUGUGUUCCCAGACUUCAGCCACAAAUAUGAGGACGUUUUGUGGCAUUGUAGCCAUGACUUAAACCUUGUAGAUGUAAGAAAACCUGCUUCAAAAGUUGUCACUCUCCAGAGUCUGAUUGGAAAAUUACAGUUUUGGUUUGAACCUGUUACAGCAGGCAGAAAGUGCCUGUUGCUUUCAUAUUUCGGAGAUAUUUCUUCACUGAUUCGCCUGUAAACCUCAGAUGAUCGUUGAUGAUCUCAUGAAGACAUGUGGUGCACAGUCCCACAGCACACUGUCCUGAAGCUUUUUCAGUUGGUUACACUGAUUGGGGACCAUUUCUGAUUGCUUGCAAGGUUAACCUAAAAUCCCAUCCUCAGAUUUUGUUUGGUAUUGGAUAGAGAUGCACUGAUACAAUUUUUUCACUUGUUUUACCAGUUCUUCAGAGCACCUCAAGCACUCGUUUGGGAUCGUGAAGCCAAAACUAACACAUGAAAUGUAUUCCAUUUAGCUUCAUUCUGUUGAAAAAGUACAGAAAAUUAGGGUGGUUUGGAUUUCCAUGUCACCUGUGACUUUUGGGAUUUACAUAAUUAAGAAAUGCUUUAAUAACAAUAAUGGUAUUGACCUGAUGCCCAUCAGCUUUAUCGGUGCAUCCCUAUCCUCUUCGCUUCAUGGCAUCAAAUAUGAUGUGUGUGCUCAUCUACCAUCAACCAGAAACGCUCACUAACUCUAAAUCCAAGGAGAACUCAGUCAAUGCAUUCCUUUUAUUAGCGUCUUUCCCGGAUGUGUACUGUACGUGUGUGGAGGGGAUAGUUUUUAAAUACUCACCUUUUACUUCCUCCUUUCUCUCCGCUCUUCUCUCACACACAACUGUCCUCAUGUUGUGGUACCAUGCCAACGGCGUUGCUACUGUACGAACCUUAUACGCAUUUUGGAAAUGUAGCAUUAUAAUGUUAAUCUUGGGAAGCAACAAGUUAAGAGCUGUGCAGUCAGAGUAGUUAAAGCACUGAGAGUUUUUACUUUUUAAGAAAUACAUUCAUGAAAUGUUUAAUUUACUUAAUUUCAUAUCUACAAACUGGUCAAAGUUGUUUUCCUAAAUUAAAAAUGGGUAUCGUUUUUUUUUUUUUACCUGCGUGGCAGUUCUGACGACAUAAAAUGUUUUUAGGAUGUCUGAACACAAAAUAUUUACUACUGACACAAAUGCUGUCAAGAGUCUUACUGGGGAAUUGUAAACAAAAAAAACACGGCAAACUAAAAGCAAUCAUAUUUGGAAAGGGUAUUUAUUCCAUUUACUCCACCUCUCCCUUUGUUUGCCAUCUUGUUCUUUUUCUAAUCAAUCAACAGAUAUUAAAAGUGCCUGUCAGAUUUCCCAUUAGUCAGCUCACACCAAAACUGGACUCCAUAUAAAAACACACAAACAAACCCAGCAGGCCUUUUUUUUAAAUGGGUAAGAUUGUUUUUAUGCAUGUAAUUGCGAUCAGGCUGUAGUAAAGCUACAGUAAAGUACUGUACCACAGGGGAGGAAGGACAAAAUGGUUUACAGGUAUAGUAGGAUGUAGUAUAUAUUAACUUUUUUUUAUACCAAGGGUUAUUGUAUUUCUGGAAAGUAAAUUAUUUUUGUUUCGUUUAUUUUAUAUGGAUGUUUUUGCUGAUAUAUUACCCUGUUGUUUCUAUUCUAUUUAGUUAUCAUGGUGCUACUUAAUGUAAAGUCUGCUAUGGGCUCGCCUCCUUCAACAAGGCAUCUACCCAUCUCUCUAUUUAAAUGUGUCUCUUCCACUGUCUCUGUAUGAGCAGCAGUUGAGCAUUUCUCCAUCUUUGCACACCAUUUAAUGACUCAGCAGUUUAAAAUAGGGCAUUACAGUAACAGUGCAUGUAUUUCAAUAACACAGUGAGGAAAACCCACAGUCUAAAUGCUGCUGUCUGUCUCCACUCCAGCCCUCACUGCUGGUAGAAAACCAACCGUCUGGAACCACCGCUUCAAAAGCUACUGGUCUGAUUGCCACAGGAAUAGGCCGGCUUAUGUUUUUGACCACAAUUAUACAACAGGUAGUUUAAGCCAAGCCAGUCUGAUUGAAAAGAUUUUUAAAAAAACUCAUAUAAACUCUUGCCCUAAAAGCACAGCUAAUACGGUUGAGUACACAUUACAUUAUAUUUCCAUCUUAUAAAGCUUUUUAGUUACAUCACACAAUUAGAAACUACUGUCACUGAAGAAACUAACCUGCUAAUACAGAUUACAGUAUGUAUAAUGUAAAACUAGAAAAAGGGGAAACGCCUAAAACAGAUUAUACUGGCGCUGUUGGUCCUGUACUGGUGCAGAUAAGAAAGCCCGAUUUCCAAGCAUACCAAGACACAGUCUUUAGUUUCUUGAGUUUUGACAACAAAGUGUUAGCUCGCUAACAAGCUAACACGUUCACUUAGCAAAGCAGCUACAAUAGUACGUCAGGACUUGUUUUUUCCUACUAAAAUAAAAGUUAUAUACUAGCAUGGUUAGCUGUUUGCAUUUGUUGCACACAGGUAUGCUAAUGUUGUCUUUUUAAAAUUAAGGUUUUUAGUGGAGUAAGUUGUCUGGCACAUUUUAUCAAACCUCAGUACAGUUAUACAUCAAUGACCACGGCUGCUCCACAUUCAGUCUAGUUUGCAUUUCAGCAUACCAACAUAUUAAAGUCGCCCAUGUUUAUUCCAACCAAGAGGUUAAAAGAAUCAAGGUUGAUAAUGAUACACUUCCCAUUUCCCACGAAAUACCAGCCACUAAUGGUACCUUCUUAUGUUAGUGAACAAAUUACCGCAGCCAACAUGUUAUUGUCUACACUCAAAAUAGUUCAGACUCAUUAGUAUUGUCAUGGUAAGAGAGAAAUAAAAAACAACUAAAUUAGUUUUUUUCCAUUCACUGUGCCCCCUAAGCUUGGUGUCUCCAUUAUGUCUAAACAUCUCUGUAUACUGUAAAAAGAGCCUGCGUCGGUAGCACUGACAGUAUGGUUGGUAGACAGUACACAGUGGAACAGCAGGAAGAGCUAACUGCAGGUUGGCAGAAGUCCUGUCUGCAGCAACCACAGUCCAAUAAUGACUCAUACCACAGUCUCUCCCACCACACACCAGGAUGAAUAGUCUAAAAUAACAAAGGAACAUUUAUCAUGCCCUAAUAUGAGGUUUGGCAUCAUUUCUGCUUUUUGGAUACACAGCAAAACUACAGAAUCUGUCAUGAUAAGCCAUUCAUCUUGGAUUCAUUCCUAAACUCUUUGCAUCACAUUUGAAAUCCAAACAUGCCAAUAUGUAAAACUGCAACAGAUACCAAUAACAGGUCCAAACAAUCAAUGGUAUUUUUGUUUUAAAAAUUGUAAAAUAAAAGCACAAACCUGAAACGAAUCUACUUUCAAAAUAAUAGACGGUUGAAAGGUAAUUUUGAAAAGAGAUUUUGGCAUGUACAAAACAAAAAGUAACUUUAAUCAUUCAGAAUUUCCGUACAAAUUCUAUAUUCUACCUCUUACUGUUACACCAUAUACUCUGAGACGCGUCAUUAACUAACACCAAACAUAAUGUAUCUUUAGUGUAAUUGUGCAUCUUCUGAACAUAUUUGAUGCCUGUGUACCAGGGCCUUAGUCCUAUUGUCAUUUAGUCUUGCUGUCAAUGAGAAGGUCACUUUGUGCCUUUCCUCUACAAAGAUGUCUCAGUUUAGUUAUAACUUUAUUUUUCUGCAAACAUUUGGCUCUAAACCAUGAUGAUCCAGAUGAAUUUCAUCUGGAGUUAAGAUUAAAUGUCUUAAUUUGUCGUCUUGCGGUAGGUGUAGACUUAUUUGUGUUUACAUUCAUCCUCAGCCGUUGCUCUACUAAAUACAUUCUGACGGACAAUACGUGUUAAAAGCCAAUAAGGGACCUCAGUGUCAAGGUUUCAAGAGUACAGUAUGCCUUAGAAAUGAGUUUUGCUUCACUUUUGUGUGACCAGACCUGCAAAUGGUUGGAAAUUUGGACCAAGGUUACGUUUUGGGUAGAUGUUUUAUGUUUUUAACUGAUUUGAACACAUAAAAUAAUUGGUUUGUAUCACUUUAAAACAUAAGUAAUAGUAAUUAUUAAAUAUGGAUUUAACAAAAAACCAUAUGUGACAUCAUUGCUGGAAAUGCAUCUCCUACUGGUAUUUUACUGCGACACAUUUUCUUGCAUUUACUGUCAAAAUCUGAAAUGGCGCAGUCAGCAUAAGACUCAAAUCUCUCUCCAACUCUGAUGUCAUCAGUCAGUUCUGUGUCUGCCUCUCCAGCCUUUCCACCUGCCUGUCAGGUGUUACAUUUGCUCCUCCCCCUCAGGUUAUAAGUACUAGGCGUUGCAGCCAAUGACAGACAGUUUUACAGGUCACACAGCAUCACCAGCCAAUGACUGAUGAGUUCUUACAGGUUGCAUGUCAUAAACCACGAGUCUCAUUGUUCCCUGUGUGUGUCCUUAAACCUGUCAGAAAAUCUACAUGAAUCUUUCCAGCCUUUUUAAAUGUUUCCAUACCAUUCAUAUGAUUAUUACAUCCUGGCAAUAUGUACAUGAAUUCUAAGCUGUUCAUAAUGUUAGCUUAACUAUUAUCUAGAGAGACUGCCUGCUUGUAUAUUUGCUUUAUAUAUCCUACUCGUCUUUUUUAAUAACGCUUGAUUCUUGAAUAAAAGGAGAAUGCAAUGAAAGACAAAUAAAAUGAGUACGCAGUAAGUACAUUUGUCCCUGUGUAAUUGCAACUAGGAAAGAAAGGAAAGGUUUGUACUCUCUGUCCGUUUGUUUCUUUGAGAAAAGCUGAAUGUCAACAGCUGAUCUGAACCAGGUCGCUGUGGAAGUAUGUAGCUCUCUCCUCUUAUAGACCACACUUGAGCAUUUUUUCUGUACAUAGGUGCAUUUUGAAGCAGAUGAAAAACAAAAAAAAGGCAGCAAACAUUAAAUAAGUAAAAUGAGAACAUUUGAUCAAAGUGGAUUUUUAAAGGGUUGGGGAUUUUAGUUUUUUCCGACCAAUGUAGCCUGUAACGAGAUAUUAUAACUGCCUCCUGUUUGUCAUAGAAUUCACAAAUAAAUGUUUGUUGGAAUUUA